AUGAUACGCAUACCAGGAAUGCCGCUGCUUCCAGGGACCACUUUUCGGGAUAUCACCAAAACAAAAUAUCCCAAACCGCAAUCGUUGAUGAACUACAAGGGCAUUAGUAUGCUAAAUGAUCGCAAACCCCCUGGCUUGGUAGACCCCAGUGGCAUGAUAGUUGACCCCAAUUGCCCCCCGGCACAAAUACCCUCCGUUUAUCCACCAAAAGUUGGUCCCAAAUUACCACCCUGGUUGGCAUAUGAUAAACAGGUCCUCUGUUUCAAUGCCUAUUUUAAAGAGACCCUUCAGGAGGUCUAUCAUGCACCCUAUCAAGUGCGGAAAGUUAAAAUAUUCUAUUAUCUAGAAGAUGGUACAAUGCAAAUUGUUGAACCGAAGGUGCUCAAUUCCGGUAUACCACAAGGUUGUAUGGUACAUCGUCAGCGCAUACCCAAGCCACCACCCUGUCAAACGGAAUUUAUAUCGAUAUUAGAUUUGAAUGUUAAUACUACAGUGCAGAUAUUCGAUAGGGUAUAUCACAUAACAAGUUGUGAUAAAUUUACAAGGCAUUUUUUGAAUAAAUCGGGUAUACCGGUGCCCGAUCCCGUUGAUGAACCGGUUGAUCCCACCACGGAGAUACGCAAAAGAUCUGCCAUAAAGGUCACCAAUCCCGUACCGAAGAAACACUCAUUUGCCCAGUUCUUGGAAUAUGAUCGCAUGGUUCUGAAAUUCCAAGGUUAUUGGGAUGAUCGUUCAGAAUUUGGUGAUGUCCGCAAAUUGGAAAUUUGUUAUUAUUUAUCCGAUGAUACGAUUGAUAUUAAGGAACAUUUCCCUAGGAAUUCGGGUAGAGAAGGUCCGACGACAUUUUUGAAGAGAUGCAAAUUGCCGAGG